AUGGCUUUCUCUCAGACCGCACAGGACUUCCGCCUUGACGGCUCGUUGCUCGUUGCCACCGUCGCCACCGAGGCUGGUGACUGGGUAGAGAGCGUGCUCGACAUUAAUGAAUACAUCGGCAACAAUGAUGGAUUCUUUGAGUUUGGAGGCAGCGGCAUCUUUGACACUGUUGACGUGGAAUCGUGGAGACUAGAGGGACCGCUGCUCAUCACUUCCUUGUACAGGCUGGAUGGUUCCUUGGCGGAGGAGCAAGUUAUCAAUUUGGACGACUACAUUGGAAAUGAGGAUGGGGUUCUCGUGUUCAAGUAA